CCGCAGGGAGCAGUCAUGUACAGGUUUUUGCGUGGACGGAAGUUUUCAUUCCUCUGGAGUAGAUACCCAGGAGCGGCAUCGCUGGGCGAAAGUCCUUUUUGCGAGCCUGAGGGCAACAUCCUCCGUGACCGGUUCAAGAGCUUCCAGAGGAGAAACAUGAUCGAGGCUCGGGAGCGAGCCAAGUUCAAGCUCAAGUACAAAGCGAAGCUGGUGGAGAAGCGGGCGUUCCGCGAGAUCCAGUUGUAGCUGCCGCGAGAUGUUGGAGCCCCCGCCCUUCAAUACAGCACCUUCUGACCACCA